GCCGACAAAGUCCGGUUUGGUUUUUUCCGGUUAUCGUUUUCUGAUAAGUGUAACGACAACCUCUGUGCAUGUUACCGAGGAAUCUUCAAUGUCCGAGACGCCUCAAAUCACUGCUAUCAGCUUGUAAAUACAAGCGACCCAUCACCCAAACUCACGCACUCAUAGUAGCGACCGGUUAUGUUCAUCAUGGGAUCUCCAUUUUUUGCGAUCUCAUUGCUUCCUAUGGAAGAAUCGGAGAAAUCUCUCAUGCAUGGAAAGUGUUCGACGAAUUGCCUCACAGAAGUGUUUCUGCUUAUAACUCCAUGGUUGUCGCGUAUUCUCGUGGAAACAAUCCAGAAGAGGUUGUACGCCUUUACAACCAGAUGAUCGAUGAAGGGUUUCGACCCGAUAGCUCAACGUUCACUGUGACGAUCAAGGCAUGUGUAAAGUUGAUGAUCAUGGAGGAGGGAGAGAGAGUUUGGGGUAAAGCAGUAGAAUCUGGAUAUGGCAAUGAUGUGUUUGUAUGUUCAUCUGCGCUGAAUCUGUAUAGUAAGUGCAGGAAAAUGGAUGAAGCUACGGUUCUUUUCCGUAAGAUGACGAAGAAGGACCUUAUUUCUUGGACAACAAUGGUGACAGGCCUUGCACAGGCCGGAGAGCCGGUGAAAGCACUUGAAUUCUAUAGGAAAAUGCAAACAGAAGGAAUGAAUGGCGAUGGGAUUGUAAUUCUUGGCGUUUUACAGGCUUGUGCUGAUCUUGGGGAUCGGAAAACGGGUCUUUCCGUGCACGGAUAUUUGAUCAGAAGAGAUCUUCCGAUGAACAUCGUGAUCGAAACCAGCCUGGUUGAUAUGUAUGCAAAGGUUGGUCUUUUAGAGCUUGCUUGCAGGUUUUUCAACUCGAUGACCGAUAAAAACACGGUCUCGUGGGCUGCAUUGAUAUCUGGCUUCGCUCAAAAUGGUUUUUCCGGGAAUGCGAUUGAAACAUUGGUAGAAAUGCAGAACCGAGGUUUCCGACCUGAUCUAGUGUCCCUUGUCGGGGUUCUUUCGGCAUGUUCUCAAACCGGGUCGUUGAAGACAGGCAAAUCUAUACACUCUUACAUCUUGAAAAGGCAUGUUCUUGAUCAAGUCUUGGCUACAGCACUCGUGGACAUGUACUCUAAGUGUGGUGCCCUUUCUCGUGGAAGAACAAUCUUUGAUCAAAUGGAAAGGAGAGAUUUGAUUUCUUGGAACACGAUGAUAUCUUGCUACGGAAUCCAUGGGAACGGUCGGGAGGCACUGGAAAUAUUUCUCCAGAUGACAGAAUCGAACGUAAAACCCGACCACGCUACCUUUGCUUCUCUUCUCUCCGCUCUAAGCCACUCAGGCCUCGUGGAACAAGGACAACACUGGUUCGGCCUCAUGAUCAACAAGUACAAGAUCCAACCGAGGGAAAAACACUACGUUUGUAUGGUUGAUCUCCUCGCUCGGGCAGGAAGAGCAGAAGAAGCUGUCGACACUAUAAACUCUGCGGAAAACCUCGACCCGGGUUUGCCCAUAUGGGUUGCUCUGCUCUCGGGAUGCAUCAACCACAGGAAUUUCUCGGUCGGGGAAAUGGCGGCGAGGAAGAUCCUCGAGCUCAACCCGGAUGAGAGUGGAGUUCAAGCUUUGGUUUCGAACUUCUUUGCAAUGGCAGAGAAGUGGAAAGAAGUGGCGAAUGUGAGGAAGAUGAUGAGAAGCUCGGAAAUGGAGAAAGUUCCGGGCUUUAGCGCCAUUGAAGUGAAUGGAAAGCUUGAAGCUUUUCUCAUGGAGGAUAUGAGCCACACUGAACAUCACCACAUGUUGCAGGUGUUGCAGAACUUGGAUUCUGAGAUGAGAGAGAAAUAUUAUAUGUCUCUUAGCAUAUAAUAUAUUUUUUAAGAUCUUUUGGUUGCAAGUCUAUUACUAUUAUUGUAAUUAGGAUGGCCAUUUCGGUUUUAAGUUCGGGUUCAAUUCUAUUAAUUUUA